AGCGAGCCACCCCGACUUCACUUCAACGUGCCAUAUCCUAUGAUCUCGCCUCACGGAUUGAAAAGGAGCACACACACACACACACAUGGAGACACGCACACUCACGGAAGGAAGGCCUCACAGAGCCCUGUCCGUCGUCAGUCACAUCACUCCACCCAUCCCACCUCACCACCAAUUUGUCCGCCGCCUUCAUCGCAUCACGCACAGACACACGAAGCUCCGCCCACUCACCCAUCCAGCCACCCACCCACCACCAAAACACCACAUCCACACACGCAGGCAACACCAUCCAUAUGUGUGAGUGUGUGUGUGUGUGUGUGUCGGUGGGGCAGGCGGCGGUGCAUGGCUGGUUGUUGGUUGUGGCUUAGUCCUUCUCCUUGCCCUUGCCACCGCGGAGCAGACCCGUGCGGCGCGCCGCGAUGAGACCGACCUGCACACACAGAUGAACAGUCGCACACACACAGGCAGACAGACAGACCGACAGACAGACAGGGAGGUGCAUGGAGCUUUGGUGUGGGUGUGGGUGUGGGUGCUCGGCGGCUGGCUGACCUUCUGCCCCGGUGGAGCCAUGCGCGACAUGGUGGUGGGAUGACCCACGUGCUGAUGGUUGCCUGCACGCAUCGCAUCAUUAUAGAGAGGGAGGGAUGGAGGAGGGGGGGCUGGGUGUGUAUGUGCUGUCCUGUGCUGUCCUGUGUUGUUGGUGUGCACCGCGUACCUCCUCCGUGUGGGUGUUCCACGGGGUUCAUGGCCACACCGCGCACCUUGGGCCAGCAGUUGCGCUUCGCCUUAUACUUGUGGUAGCUAUUCCCUGAGCAACAACACCGCAACACACACAAUUGCAUUGCACACCACGCUCAGACCGUCUGUGUGUGCGCGUGCCCAAGUCACGGCUCACUCAGUCAGUCACUCACCGGCCUUGAGCAUCGGUUUGUCAAUCCGCUGUCCGCCCGACAUGAUGCCGACGAUGCCGCGGCAGGUGCUGGGGAGCGUCUUGCGUGAGCCCGACGGCAAGCGGACGCGGGUCUUCUUGCCGUCCUCCGAGUGGCCGGUGACCGUCGCGUAGACGCCUCCCGUCUUGGCGAGUUUGCCGCGGUCGCCGGCCUUCUCCUCCACAGACGACACCACCGUCCCCUCGGGCAUCCUGCCCACCGGCAGGAUGUUGCCCACACACAGGUGAGCUGACACACACAACAGAGAGAGAGAGAGAGAGAGAGAGAGAGAGAAGGAGUGCGUCGUAGGGUGACGGAGGGAGGGAGGGAGGGAGGGAGGGAGGGGGAGGAAUGUGAGUCUACCUACCGUUUUUGCCGGCGUAGACGAAUUGUCCGGUGUGGAGUCCCUCGACGGCGGGCAUGAGCUCCUUCUUGAUGCCGUAGCGAGUGCUGUCGCGGAACACAACCUACACAACACACCACAGCACACCACACACACACAGUGGUGAAAGGUUGUUGUUAUUCUGUCUGUGUGUCUGUCUGUCGCGCGUACCUCGGCGAGCGGUGCGCCACGGCCGGGGUCGUGAAUAAUCGACUUGACGAUGCCCUUGGUGUACCUAACGACACACACGACACGGCACGGCAACACAUCAGCCAGCAUACAGUCUUCCCUCCCUCCCUCCCUCCCUCCCUGUCAAGGUGUAGGUACGAUCGACUCACUCACCCCUGCCUCUCGGCGUAGUCGAGCACCCGCAUCUUGGCGGGUCCCUUGCGGUGGUGGGUGUGGGACUUGAACACCGACCCACGACCCUUACGCUGGGCUGCACACACACACACACACACACGGACACAGACAGACAGACACAGACACAGACAGACACGUGUGUGAGGGGGACGCAUCGCGCCAGUGAGGUGUGGAGGCCAUCGAGGCCUCUCGUGUGCACCCCAUUCCUCCUGGCUGUGCGUGUGUGCGUGAGGGGGGGUCCUGCGGCUGCCUGGCUCGCUGUGAGUGAGAGAUCUCUCUGUUGUUUCCUGUCUAUCGCCUUACAUCUGAUAACGCGCCCCAUGGGGUGUGCUGCAGCGGAAAAGGGCCGCUUCACA